AUGAUGCUAAAAGGCAAUAAGUAUUUGAAAUUAAUCAUAUUCGUAGAGAUAAUAAUAGCAUUAAAAAAAAUAGUUGAAGCGUAAUAAAUAAGUUGUGGUUUAAAAUGCACUAAUUGCUCUGUUGAUGGUAUUUGCUAGAGUUGUGAUUAAGAUUUUACAUUUUCUUAGUCUCUCAAUCACUGCAUUUCAAAAUGUAAUGAUGCUAGCUAUUAUUAUGAGCCAAACAAAACUUGCUAAACAAUAUGCCCAACUAAUUAUUACAAUGAUAAUAAUUAUAACUUAUGUGUUCCAUUUUAGGAAUGUGCAAAUGUGCAAGAGUACGGAUAAUAAUAUUUCGAUUCUAUCACAACAACGGUUUAAACUCCUACUAGUUAUAUAGCAGCUGGUACCUAAAAUUCAAAUAAGCCUCCCGAUUAUUCUUUGAAAAUAUUUUCGAGAGAUAGCAUAUAGCUAUUGGGUGAAAUGACACUACAUAAAUACCAAGUUUUAGGUUUUUAAAUGAUUACUAAUAGUUCUACAGUAAGUUAUAACUCUGAUUCUAUCUACUUGGUUUCUUUUAGCAAUACAGAAUUGGUGCUUUGGGAUUUAAGUAGAGGAAUUGGUAUGAAAUACUUGACAUUUGAUCAGUUAGUAACAUCGCAAUAAUCUAACAAACUAGUCUACUAUAUUGAUGAAGAAAUUUUGAUUGUUUUUAAAAGUGAAAUUUAGUUUGGUGUCUUUUUUUUAAAAAGCAUAAAAUAAUACAAUGACAAUGAUGUAAUAAGUGUACAACUAGUUUAAGUAAUUCAUACAAAAAGCAUAAACGGCUUUGUUCGUAAUGGAAAUAUAUUAUACAGUUAUUCGAUGGACUCUACACUAGCUUCUUAUGAUCUAAAUGAAAUUUAUGUUAAAGGAAAUAAUUAAGGUAAUAUCUUAUGCACAAUACCAAAUUAAAUUUUACAGUAAGGAUAUAUUUUUUCAACAGGAGAAAUAGUUAUUUAGCUUUAUCAAUAACAAUAUUUAUACUAUUAUGAUUAAACUUAAUGCAAUUAAGUAUAAAUUGGGCAUACAUCUCCAAUAAUUUAAAUUAUCAUAGAUGAAAAGGGACCCUAAAAAUAUGUAUUUUCAUUAGAAACAUAUAAAAUAAUAUUUUCAACAGCUGAUUAGUAAAAUAUUGUUCCAACUUCAAAUAGAUAAAUUAGCAAAUCUUUUGCUUUUAAAUCUCAAGGCUACUUAAUUUUGAUUGAUUUCAGUGGGUUUGUAGUGUUGAAUUAAUACACUAAUGGAUCUUUGUAAGAGAAUUAUUCUAUAAAUUUAAAUUGGUCGAAAAAUUUCUAGAUUACAUCAGCAUUUGUUGAUCUACAAUACUCUUAAGUUAUUUUAAUUGGCUAAGGAGUAAUUAAACUAAAAUUUGAUCCCACAAACCCAUUUUCUACUUAAAUGUAAUUAAGUAGUAUAACUUAAAAUGUUCCUACCUAGUAAGACUAACCGACAGAUAAAAUAAAUGGAUUGCUAAUUGAUACACUCUAUAAUAGGCUAAUAGUAUACAGCGAUGAUGGUUCAAUUAGAGCUUAUGAAAGAAUGAAUGUAUUUGAUAAUAACUAUAGACAAGUUAUAAAAAAAUAUCAUACUAGCUGUAACAUACUUGAUAAUAGUAUAUGCCAAAAUAAAGUUAUCGAUUUAUAACUUAUUAAUUAAAAAUUAUAUGCUGCUCUGUAUAGCGAUGGUUCUAUUAUCCUCUGGUAGUAUUUAUUUACAGAUUUUUAAUCAUUAAAAAUGUUAACUCUUGAUAAUCCAUUACAACCUGCCUAAACUAUGAAUUAUAAUUUGAAUACAAAUCUCUUAGUCUUUUAGUCUCCUAUUUAGGUAAAAGUAUAUAAUACAACCACUUCCUCUAUUGUAGGUAUUCUUAAUGUGAACUCUACUUUAGUUAAUUUCCAAUAUGCAUUCACUGAAAUUUAUACAGGAAGCAAAUAUUGUAUUUAUGUGUUAGACACAAAAAAUAAAAGAUUAAAUCUGUAUUUAGCUAAUAAUACAAAAACAGUGGUUGCUGUAAGCUCAUCUUAUUCAAGCAAGAAAUUGUACACAAGUGCUAAAUACUUUCCUACUCAUCGAAAUGUUUAUAUAAUCACAGAUACCAAUAUUUGUUAUUAUAAUAAUAUACUAACAAAAAACUCUAUCAGUUAAGUAGGAAUAUCUGGAGUAGUAACUGAUAGCAUAUUGCAGAAUACAGUUACUUCAGUCAAGCAUUUGAUAUUUAUGAAUAACUUACAAGUUUUUUCUUAUUCUUCAUUGUCAACACUUGCCGCUUAAUAUACAUCUGCUACAAACGUCUAAGAUUAUUAAGCAACGUAUAAUAAAGUAAAUAAUAAUGAUGUUUUUGCCUUUUUUUAGAAUUCAGGUGUAUCAACUAUACAAAAUCAGGUUGUAGUUCUAAGUGGAACAAAUUUAAACUUCUAACACAUUCUUACAUUUUAGCAGAAAAUCUCAACAAUACUAAUUGAUUCAGUCUUUUCUAAGCUUUAUAUAGGAUUUUAGAAUGGUUAAAUUUAUUCGGGAUUUAUUCAGUAAACUUAUGAAAUUUGGCUUUCUUCUAGUGUUACACCAAUUGUACCUGUUGGUUUUUACUACAAUAGAGCAUAAAAUCUUUUUAUUUACUAUAAGAAUGAAAUAAGGGUUGUAAACUCAGUGAACUUUAAUUAGCUGGCUUUAUUAAAAGUUCAUAACCAAAAUUUAGUUGGAUUUUUUUAUUCUUAGAAAACAAACACAUAUUUAUCUUGUUCUUCAGAGCCUAAUGCUAAUAUGUUUAGGUUAAAUUUUACUAAUGUAGCUUCUCCUUAAUCUGUACAGUUUUAAACAAGUGGUUCAAUGACUCUUUCGCAAUGUUUUCUUGAUGAUUAAAAUGGCAUAGCUAUUUCUUACUAUUCAUCAAAUUAUGCAUUAACCUUUUGGAGUUACACUAAAGUUGCUUAAAUAUAUACAACUCCAAUCCAUCAGUAAAGAGCAGCAUAACUAUUAGCAUCACAAGCGGAUAUUGAUCCUACUUUACAGAUUAGUUAUUAAAUUUAAUAAAUUUAUUUAGACAGUAAUUUAUAAAAGUUGAUUGUAGUAAAUAAUGUUUAGGAAGUUUAUAUGCACAAUUAUGUUAAUAGAGUAGACUAUUUUAUCAGUAUUCCAAACAUGCUCAAUGUAUAUAUCGAUUAACAAUACUAGCGUUUAACGAUUAUAAUUUAACAAGAAUACAAACAAACUUUUUACUCAUACACUUAUAAUUCAGAUACCAUAGAAUUCUUCAAAGAAUUUUAGUAUCAUAAUAAUCCAAUAAGAGGAAUUAUUUUCCAAAAUGAUAAAGCUUAUUCCUAUGAAGAUACUUUUAUAAUAGUUAUGGGUAGGAAUACCUAUGAUAAACUAGUUUCUAUUUAAUGUGUAAAUCCCAUAAUUACUAAUUUCAUUGUCUUUGAAAAACUAUCUUUAGUCAUUAUUUGGAGUGAUUUCAAUUUGGGCUAAUUUAACUAAAGUAUCGGCAUCUAUAAUCUAUUAACAGGAAGUAAAAUAACAGAUGUAGUAGGAUACUAAAGCAUUGAAACAGGUAAUAUUCAUUAAAUAAUAGUCGAUUAAGAUAGCUAUCAAAUGAUAAUUGCUAAAAAUAAUCCUAAUAACUACUUCUAUACUGUUGAUUUAAGAACAUUUUACUAUACAGGCUAUUAUGCUAAUAGAAAUUACACAACUUCCAUUUCGAGCAUGCUUCUUAUUCCUGAGUCGAAUAGAUUUAUUUACUUAGACUAAAAAGAAAUUAGAGUAAUGUCAAUAGAGACAUCAAUUAAUCCCUAAUACAAGUUUUUAUCUUUAACUGAUUCUAAAAAUUUAGAGCAAUUUUAUAAUUCACAAUAUUAGAAACUCUAUUUUUUAGAUGGUUUGGGUAUUUCUUGGUAACUAAACACAAAUCUUAAGUAACUAGUUUAUUAAAUACCAUUUUAAGGUGUUAGGUAAACUGCUUUCAUUAAUCAAAAAUUUUAUGUGAUAGCUUAGAAUUAGAUCAUGUAAUAUAACCAAAAUUUUGUAAACUUGGGAGAGAUAGACUAAACAUCAGUUAAUGUUACUUUCUCAUAAAAUUUUGUUUUUAUAUUUAACUCAAAUUACCAGCUUUACAUUGCUGAUUAGGACUCUUUUGCCUCUCAGUAUUUCUAUUAAUUUGACUCUUUUUUUUAAUAAAUAAUAAUUAAUGAAAACUUUCAAGAAAUUUUUGUGCUCCAAUAAUCAAAUAAAUUAAAUCGCUUUAAUUUUGUAACAAGAGAUUUAUUAUUUAACUUUACAGAUCCCAGUUUGGAUUUUAUAAGAAUAGAUACAAACAAUAGUGUAAUAUUUUAAGCUUAUAUAAAUGGUACAUUAAACAUAUAUCCUAAUUAUACUUCAAGUAUUUAUGAUUAUAUGACUGGAUAGCCUGUUUAAAAACUACAAUUCAAUCAGAGAAUCUUUAGAAUUUUAAUUGAUAGCAGCUUUAAUAAGUUUUAUGUCCUGUUGAAUCUAUAGAUCCCUUUAGUUUAUGUCUAUUUUUAUAAUGUCACAAAUGGAGUACUUUAAAAUCUUAAUUUAAUUACUUUGAUAAGUCUACCAUCUCGAUCUACAUAAUUGAAAGCACAAAUAUAUUAAUAAAGUAUUAUUUUUAACUUACCAUGGUAAAUGAUUUAUAUAGAUCGCUAAACAUUACAGUAUACCAGAAUUGAUAGAGAUAAUUAGAUAUUCUAUAAUCAGUAAAAUGUUAUUUAGGUUGUAAACUACUCUAACCUAUAUAUAGUUUAGUCAAACAAUCAGUUAGCCAUGUAUUAACUAAACAACUCUUACACAAAAUUAUUUUAAUUCAAUUUAAUGUAUCCCAAGUUAUCAUAGUAUUCAAUAACAAACAAUACCAAUUCUUAUUAUAUUCAACUGCUUGGUAUAAGUUCAGGUAUUGUCUUUUCAUAUAAUUUCGUGUUACCAAUGAUAGGAUAAGAUUCAAAGCCUCUUUUUAGUAUAAAUUAAUGUUAUUAGACUAUGGAUAACAUUCAAUAUGGAUAUUAGGUUGAGCAAUAAAUGAUUAUUUUAGACCAAUCCUCUAAAAUUUUGCAAUAUAAUUUACAGUAAACUCUAAUUUAGAUAUAUUCUCAAAAUAGUUUUUACUACCAUCAACUUAUGCAGAGUUAUAACUCGAAUGUAGUGUAUGGCUAUAAUAAUAGCAGUUAAACUAUUACGAUUAGAAAUGAUACUUUUACUAAACUACUUUAAAGCUAAAUAAUAAUAAACAAUUAUAAUUUUACCUUAUUUGAUGAUUAAGAAAUUGUGUUUCCUAGUAUAAAUUAGUAAAUAACUUUUAAAAAUAUCAACAUAACUUCUGAUUCAAAUAACUUUUAGUUUAUUUUUAAUGGUUAAAAUACUAUUACUCUUUAAAAUAUUAAAAUUAACAAUGUCACUCUUUCAGGAAACGGUACUCUUUUUACUUUUAAUGAUUGCUAUUUGGUUGAAAUUGAUACUUUUAAUCUUUUAAACUCUAAAUUUAAAGGUAUAAACUAUACUCUUUUUUCUUUUAAUAAUGUCCAGUAGAUUGUAAUCAAAUCUUUAAAUUUAGUAAAUAUUAUUUUUACUAAAGAAUCACAAGCCAAUAAUAUAAUUUAUAUUUCAAAUUCGCUUAAUUUGACUUUAUUUUAAUCAUUAUUCUUGAAUAUAUCAUCCUUUGAUUCAAAUAAACUUUUUAUCAAGUCUAAUGGUAUAUUGCUAUAAUAAAUAAAUGGAAUUACUGUUUAAAAUAUUGUUGGGGUUUCCUUUUAUAACUUUGAUAAUUAUUUUUCUCUUGAAGAUUAGACUGUCUAUCUAUAUAGUGAUUAAGCUUUUAUACAAAACUCUUAAUUUAUAAACAUGACUAAAGUUACAAACAGCUUAAUUACAUUUAAUGGUAACAUUCUUCAAAUAAAUAAAUGCAAUUUUACUUAAAUAAGUUGUUUAACAUGCUCUGGUGCUUCUCUAAAUAUUAAAAAAGCUCAAACCUUCAUACUAUAAUCAUCUUAUUUUCUUUUGAAUCAAGCUAGUGAAGGAGGGGCUGUCGCUUUAAUUAAUUUAUUUUACUAAAAUUUGUAAAUCAUAGGAAAUACUUUCUACAAUUGUACAGCACUUUCUCAUGGAGGAGCUAUAUAUUCAAGUUCAAGCGAUAUCAUGGUAAAUUAAACAACUAUUUAAUUUUGCUAAGCUUAAAUAGGAGGAGGAAUAAGAUAUACUGGAAUAUAGCCAAUAUUUAUCUUUUAUCAAUAUCUUUACUAAUAGACACAAGACCCAAAAUAUUUUUUAGAAAAUAAUAUAACUAAUAAUUAAGCUGAUGUUUAUGGAUAAAAUAUUGGCUCUUAUCCAUAAAUGAUAUCUGUUAUGUCAAAUAGUUAGUUAGUUCACUCUAGGAUUCUUACAACAAAUGUGGAUAAUUAUAACAUUGACUAAUACUCUCUAUCUAAUUUUUAAAGUAGUGCUAAUAUUAACUUUUAAUUCUAAAUUUUAGAUUAAGAAUUAAAUCCUGUCAAAUUUAAUAUUUAGAAAUUUUAGAAAAAUUAAUACCCAGAAAUUAUUUAAAACGAAAUAACCGACUUUAACAUCAAAGCCAUUCCUGGUACAGACGAUGUAAAGAUUUAUGGCUAAUAUAUCACAGAUUAUUCAUAAUUCGACGAAGUUAAUUAAACUUUUUAAAUUUAACAAAUGAUGGUAAUAGCUAACCCUGGAACUUCAAAUUAUAUUUUUUUUGAAACUCCAUCUAUCAAGAUGGUACUUUAACCUUCAUAGCUUUCUAGAUAAUUUGAUGAUGGCCCAUUCCAUGUCAGAUUAAAUAUGUCAUUUAGAGAUUGCAUAAGAGGUGAAGUUUACAAGCUUAGUGGAAGUAUAUUUUAUUGUUAAGAGUGUAAGGAAGGGAGCUACUCUAUAAUUACUCCGAUUUAAAAAUAAUAUGAAACAUAAAUUUGCUAACGUUGUCCCGACGAUGCUGUUUAUUGCUAUAGAGAUUAAAUGACACUUUAUCCUGGUUAUUGGAAGAUUAAUAAUGAUACUGAUUCUAUAGUGUAUUGUAAAAAUAAAGCUGAAAACUGUUAUGGAACUCAAGAAACAGGAUACUGUAUCGAAGGACAUAUAGGUCCUUUGUGCGAAAGUUGCGAUGUGUAUGGAGUAGUAUGGAAAACAACCUAUUAAAGUGAUGGAAAAUUUAACUGUUUGAAAUGUUAAAAUUUAAAUUCAGUUAAUUAUAUAAUACCUACUAUAUUUAUAGCGUUAGGCAUAAUUAUAUAUAUCCUAAUUAGUAUUAGGAUUAUACUACAAAUAAAUAAAUUAAUAGUUUUAGGUUACUAUAUAAGAAAGUUAAAUUUAUUGCCUUUAAGUAAAUCUUCAUUUUAAGAUACAACAAAUAUGAAUCUAAAAGCAAUGAUGAGUUAUAUGCAAAUCAGUUCUAUGAUCAAUACCUUUGUUAUUUAGCUGCCUGAAUGGAUGACAUUCAUACCAGAUUAUUUAGGUUCGCCUGUUUAAAAUCUGCAAUACAGUUUUGAUUGUAUUCUAAAUUAAUAGUAGUAGAGCUCAUAUCCUAUAGUCUUUUUCAGAACAAUUUGGUUCUUAGCUAUUCCUGUUAUUUAUCUUGCUGUAGUUGGAUUUUUUUAUUUAAUAUUAGUCUUACUUAGAAUAUCAAAAUUUGAUAAGUCAUACAUUAUUAGUGGAUUAGUAUUUUUAAGCUUCUUCAUCUAGCCAAAUAUGAUAUCUAAUCUUUUAGGAGUCAUGUCGUGUAGAAGUAUAGACAAUAAGUUAUACAUACAAAGUGAUAUUUCUUAUGAGUGUUAUACUGAUAUUCAUAAAAAAUACAUUGCAAUAGUUUGUUUACCUGGGUUAAUUCUUUGGGCUUUUAUAAUUCCCUUAAUUAUUUUGAAAAAUUUAAUAUAGAAUAGAGAUAACUUAGAUAAUGCGACUAUCCGUUUGAAGUAUGGGUUUUUGUAUUAAGAUUAUAAAAACAAGCAUUUCUAUUGGGAAUUUGUUAGAAUCUACACAAAAAUGGCUGUUGUUGCUGUACUUUCAUUUUAUGGAGAUCCAUACACUAAUAAAUUAGUUAUUAUUUUAUGCAUGUUCUUGAUCUACUAAGUUGCUUUGAUAAAAUUCUAACCUUACUAAAUGAAGUAUUUUUAAUAGUUAGAUAAGACGAGUAUGAUCGUUUUUGUCAUACUUCUAAUCAUGAAUAUAUUUUUAUACAACAAACCAGAUAUUAUCUAGUCAUAAAUAUUCUAUAUUGUUUUGCUUAUUAUUCAUAAUGGUUAUUAAUUUUUCCUUCUUGUUGAGGUAGUUAGAGCUAAACUUUCUAUUAAGUAUAAAGAUGUCUAUAAUAAAAUUGUUAAAAAUCUUCUCAAAAUGCUGCCCUUUAUGAAAAGAUUUUUAACUCUCUAAAAAAAAAUUCCUUUUAAAACAUUCCGUUUAUGGAUGAAAGUUAAAUUUUUCUUGAAUGAAUGUAGCGAAAGAAGAAUUUAUAAUGAAUAAAAUAGUCCUUAAUUUGGUCGAUCAUCGGAAUUAAACCCUGAAUCAGUCUAUUUUUAACCUAGUAAAAGAAACAGAAAUCGUAUGUUUAAUUAAAAUCUGCUGUUAGCAAGUUCAAGAAAUAUUGCAAUGUCUAAUCGAAAUAUUGUCAGAUCAGAAGAAAUUUCAAAAAAUAACUAACAUUUACCACAAUUAAGUAGAGAUAUGAACCUCUUAUCUAUAGAUAGUAAUAACUUAUAGCUUUUAAGUGCAAAAGGAAUUAGUAGCACUUCUUAAUUGUAGGAUAUUAGAGCAUAAAGUAUACCUAUUGACUCUAUGCAUUAAUAAUCCUAUAGCCCAUAUUCAGAUGUUAGCUUAAAAAGAUUAUCAUAUGGUUAACUACUUAGAUCGCUAUUUAAUUAUGCUGAUGUAGAGGAGGAAGAAGAUUUUAGAAGAAUUUAAAAAAAAGCUGCAAUAAAUUAAGAAUAUAGGCUUUAUCAAAAAAUUGACUUGAUUUACAAAAAUUUAAAAUAAGUUGAGAUGGAAGAGACUUUAAUGCCUAUAGAAUAAUAACCUAAAGAAGACAACCAAACCCCAAAUAUUGACGAUUCUAUUAAUGAUUUUAAUAACUUAAAAGCUAAAAGAUUUGCUUAAUCUUUUGCUCCUAGAUUUAUAACAAGUGUUGAAAAUUUAGAUGCCAAUGUCAAAGAUAAUUAGGAGUUAAAGUAAGAUAGCUAAGGAGAAGUUAUUGAAUUAUCAGAAUAAUCUUAAGUAAAUGUAGAAAUCUAAUAAACUUAGAAUAAAAGAUAUGUUUAUCUUUAAAAUGAAGAAAACAUAUUUGAUUAAUAAGCUUAAUAAAACAAGGAGGUUAAAAAUGAAAAUAUUGAAGAAAGUGUCUUUUAGAAUUCAAUAGAAUCAGAGGAGGAAGAAGAUAUCAGAAGGCUAAUAAAAAAAUCAUAAUUCUAGCAUGACCUAAAUUUAAAAAGAAAGACAAACCUAAUUUAUAAAAAUUUGUUUAAAGUUAAUUACAAUGAAAAUGAAAUUCUUUAGGAAUAAAAUAAGAAUUAGAAAAAUUAUACUGCAAACGAUAAUAUGCUUUACAAUAUUGAAGAUUCUCUUCUUUCACUAAAUGAUAGUAGCACAGUUGAAAAAUAACAUGAAGAUUUCUUUGAAAAACAGUAAUCACAAAAAUAGUUAAAAAAAUAAAUUGAGGAAGAUAAAAAUAUGCUUAAUCAUGAAAAAAAAGAGUAAAUGGUUAUAGAUUAAGGAAAUGUAUUUGAAGUAGUUGAUAGUGAUAAUCUAACUUUUUAAAAGAAUUUAGAAAGCAACGAAUCAUAAAAAUCUAAAAAAAUAGUAAAUAUAGAACAAAAAAAUAUUGAAAAAGAUGAAAUCUGUUAAUCUGAAUAAAUUGAAAUUGAUAAAAAUUAAUCUCAAUCAAUUUAAAACUCAUCUUUGCCUAAAAACGAUAUCAGUUGCUCAAAACAAAUCUAAAAUAUCAUUGACAAAUUUGCUUAAAAUUUACAAAUAAAAGAAGGUUUAGACCAAUCUAUUGUUAACUAAAGUGCAAAUACAAAUCUGAAUUAGCAAAUUUAAUCCAAUAAUGAAACACCUUAGUCAGAAAAGAUAACAACAGAUUAAUUAAACAAAAAAUAUAUUCCAUCACCUCAAAUAAUGGAAGAAGAUGAAAAUAUAAUUUUUGAUGAAGCAGAAUCAGAAAACACAGCAAAAGAUAAUAUGACAUAAGCUAACUUCUAAAAAGUCAAUGAUUACUUUUAAAUACCUGUUAAUCUUAAUGAUAAUGCAACAAGAACUAUUGACGAUGCUUUAGAUAAAUUUUUUGAUAACAAAAGUAAUUUUGAAAUCAAAAGCUAAAGGAAAAAAUAUUCUGAGUAAUUUAAACUCGAAAAUGAAUCUAUUAUCUAAGAUCAUGUAGAUGAUUAGACUUUAUUCAAAGAGUUAGAUUAUGGAAAGUAAUUUACACCAGGAGGGCUUAAUGGAUUUGAAGUACUAAAACUUAGUGUUAGUGAAACGCCAACAGCAGGUGAGGUUAAAGAUAAUAGCUUGAAAGAAGAAUCAAAUAAUAUGCAAAAUUUAAAUUAAAAUAAAUAAGUUGAAAGCUAAAAUGAGUCUGGAAAUAUAUGA